ACAAUAUUCUAAGUCCUUAUCAAUGUUUAUACCUAAAAUUGUUCACAAGGUGAUAUAGGAAUUAAAUUAAAUGAUAGGAUAGAAUGAGUGAUGCAUGUGCUGAAUCUGUUGAAACUGCAUCUGGUUGCAGUUCAGAGUUUGAAUCACUCAAGGAUUGUUCGGAUGUUGCCCAAAAUAAUGAACACUUGCUUAAUAGCUUAGAUUGGCUGGGUAAGAAGAAACAUGUUUUCAUUCUCAGUGAAUCUGGCAAGCCAGUUUACAGCAGGUACGGAGCUGAAGACCGUCUUGUGACUCUGUUUGGGCUGCUGCAGGCGCUCGUAUCCAUUGUAAGCGAUGACGGCGACGUGCUUCACUGCGUGCAGGCAGGCACCCACAAGUUUGUCUUCCUGGUGCGCUCGCCUCUCAUCCUGGCAGCCGUCGUGGACUCUGAUGCCAGCAUGACACAGCUUCUGCUGCAGCUGGUGUGA